CGCCGCCGCCGCCCCGCCGCCGCCGGCUCCCGCCGCCCGGGCCCGGCCGGCCGCGCCGGGGGCCGCCGCGCUCGCCGCUGCCCGCCGGGGCCGCCGACAUGGACACCAAACAUUUCCUGCCGCUCGACUUCUCCACCCAGGUGAACUCCUCGUCCCUCAGCCCUCCCACGGGGCGUGGGUCCAUGGCCGCCCCGUCGCUGCACCCCUCCCUGGGGCCCGGCCUCGGCUCCUCGCUGGGCUCCCCGGGACAGCUGCACUCUCCCAUCGGCACCCUGAGCUCCCCCAUCAACGGCAUGGGCCCGCCCUUCUCGGUCAUCAGCCCCCCCAUGGGUCCCCACUCCAUGUCUGUGCCCACCACGCCCGCCCUGGGCUUUGGCACCAGCAGCCCCCAGCUCAACUCGCCCAUGAACCCCGUCAGCAGCAGCGAGGACAUCAAGCCCCCGCUGGGCAUCAAUGGCGUCCUCAAGGUCCCCGCCCACCCCUCGGGGAACAUGGCGUCCUUCACCAAGCACAUCUGCGCCAUCUGUGGGGACCGCUCCUCAGGCAAACACUACGGCGUGUACAGCUGCGAGGGUUGCAAGGGCUUCUUCAAGCGGACGGUGCGCAAGGACCUGACCUACACCUGCCGGGACAACAAGGACUGCCUCAUUGACAAGCGCCAGCGCAACCGCUGCCAGUACUGCCGCUACCAGAAGUGCCUGGCCAUGGGCAUGAAGCGUGAAGCUGUGCAGGAGGAGCGGCAGCGGGGCAAGGACCGGAACGAGAAUGAGGUGGAGUCCACCAGCAGCGCCAACGAGGACAUGCCAGUGGAGAAGAUCCUGGAGGCCGAGCUGGCCGUCGAGCCCAAGACCGAGACGUACGUGGAGGCCAACGUGGGGCUGAACCCCAACUCGCCCAAUGACCCUGUCACCAACAUCUGCCACGCGGCAGACAAGCAGCUCUUCACGCUGGUGGAGUGGGCCAAGCGCAUCCCGCGCUUCUCGGAGCUGCCACUGGACGACCAGGUCAUCCUGCUGCGGGCGGGCUGGAACGAGCUGCUCAUCGCCUCCUUCUCCCACCGGUCCAUCGCUGUGAAGGACGGGAUCCUGCUGGCCACCGGGCUGCACGUGCACCGGAACAGCGCCCACAGCGCAGGCGUGGGCGCCAUCUUCGACAGGGUCCUGACGGAGCUCGUGUCCAAAAUGCGGGACAUGCACAUGGACAAGACGGAGCUGGGCUGCCUGCGCGCCAUCGUCCUCUUCAACCCGGACUCCAAGGGGCUCUCGAACCCGGCCGAGGUGGAGGCCUUGCGGGAGAAGGUCUACGCGUCCCUGGAGGCGUACUGCAAACACAAAUACCCAGAGCAGCCGGGGAGGUUCGCCAAGCUGCUGCUGCGCCUGCCCGCCCUGCGCUCCAUCGGCCUCAAGUGCCUGGAGCAUCUCUUCUUCUUCAAGCUCAUCGGGGACACGCCCAUUGACACCUUCCUCAUGGAGAUGCUGGAGGCCCCGCACCAAAUGACUUAGGCCCUCGGCGCCCGGCCGCCAGCUGCUCUCCUCGGGGAGCCCGUCCCCGCCCUUCUUCUGCCUGGCCUGUUUGGACUUUGGGGCGCAGCCUGUCACUGCUAAGCCUAAGAGAUAUGUUGCCACCCUCGUUAUUUUCAAUACUGCUUGUCUUUGGACCCAGCAGGGAGUGGCUUCCCAGGGCGGCAGCCCGAGUGGCAAGAACUGGUGUGACCCCAGCCAGGCCUGUCCGGUCCCUGGCCUCCGGGGUGGCCCUCGGGGUCACAGGCCCGGUCGCCGGAGCUGCAGCUAGGGAGUAUCCAGUCCCCAGGGCUCUGGAGCCGCAGGUGGAAGGGAGGCUUCGUGUGGGUCACUGACGUCCCAGUUUCCCAGCCUCCCGUCAGGAGCGGUGCCCCGCCCCCCGCCAGCUUGGCCCCAACCCACGAUCAGGGUCUGCGGGAUGGGUGAGGGGCUGGUGUUUUGUCCCAGAGGACCCCCCCCCACUCCCUGGGAAGCCGAGGGGCUCUGGAGCCAGCAGGCUUCUCUUCCCUCACAGCGGAGGGCCAGCAGCCCCCUUUUCCAAAGAUGACUCACAGCUCUGCUGGGUUCGGGGCCCCCUCGAGGCUGCAGGGACACUGGUCGCCCCCCACCUCAGUUUUCUCUGUCCACUGUCUUUGUUUCCGCUUCUUCCGACAUCCGAGCCCUCUGCCCCUCCGGGGUUCCAUGUGACUGAGGGGGACCGCCGCACGGCCCUGGCCCGGCCUCUGCUGGCCUCGGACCCUCCCUCCCAGUCCCCGGGCGCCCAGGCUAGCCCCUGCUCCCGAGGCUCUGCUGCCCUCCCCUGGCAGAGACGGUCCCCGGAGGCCCACAGGCGCCAGGGGAGGUGGGCUGCUUCUGCAGACUGGGUCCCACCUGCUGUGCCCACUUGCAGAGGCCCUGCGGGGCUGCCGCCUGAGGCUCUUGGGGGAGACCCCCUUCUGGGGGGCUACUCUGUCUACCAGACUCUGGGAACCUGGAACUGCUGAGUGCCACCUUCCGGUGCCCGGGCUCGAUGCCCCUCGGAAACAGCUGGCCGGCUGUGGUCAGGGGGUGGAGCCUUCGGCAGGAGCCCGUGGCACGCCUGCUCCGGUCGGAGGUGCCCUGUUCCAUCCAGCACCCCCCUCCGCGGGUUAAACUGGCCUCUGGCACUGCAGUCCCUCCCCUUGGUCUGUCUCCUCGACUGACACCCACCAGCCCAGUGGGGGCCUCAACAGGGGCAGGAUGUGGGGGUGGCGUCCUGUCCGCGGCGUCCCAGAGGCGUGCUCUGUGUGCUGGCUCCCCCCCGCCGCCCCCGCCUUCAGCUCUGGACGGGUGUUGAGGGGUUGCCAUUCCCAAAGUCUGUGUCCGGAGGGCACGGGCUGCCCCUGGCAGGGCAGAGGUGAGCCUCGCAGGGGAGGCGGCCCCUUCUCGGGCACGCCCCUCUGUGCACUGUCCGGGGCGUGCCGCUCUCUCACACUGUCCCCGAAGUCUUGGUAGCCUCUGGGGCACGGUUGUGACAGGCAGUGACGUGGGCAUUCUCGAGCUUUCCCUUCAGGCCCCCCCAGCAGAGGGGCUGUUAAACUGCCCCCCAGCACCCUGGUGCCUUCUGCAGCCAGACACACCCCGCUGUCCAUGCCCAGUCCCCUCCCUGGGCUUUUUGGGUGACUCCAGAGGAAACCCAGGUGUGGGUCCCCAGUUGGGGGUCUGCUUCUCGGGAACGUCACCGUCACCGGCCCUGCUGGCAGCCCACAAAGGCGGGAGGCCCCGGGCCGCCUGCGCCCCAAGCCACACAGGGCCUGCCCCGCCCCACCAGCGUCCAGGCUCCGGGGAGCGGUCCUUCCCUCUCCGCCGGUCCGCUGUCAUCGUCACCCUGCCCGCGGUUCUGUGGGGACCAGUGAGACCUGGGAGAUGGCACAUUACUCCGUAGAGAGACCUUCUGUAGUGUCACCAAUCUGGCUCUGUUAAGGUGAUUUUUGUAAUUAUUGUAUUGGUGGGACAAUCUUUAAUUUUCUAAAGAUAGCACUAACAUCAGCCCGUUAGCCACCCUAUGCUGGUCCCCGUCCUGGCCUGGCUGGACACUUCCUGGGUCUCGCCGACCUCCGGACGGGGCUCCCGUGGCCGUGGCUGAGGAUCGGUGGUGGCCGAGUCCUGUGUUUGGAAGGUGUUGGCAAAGCCAGCUCGCCUCACCCCUCACCCCUUGGAAGCCGGGCUGUUGGGACGUUCACCAGCGUGGCCCCGUGUCGGCCCUUAGUCACCGGGAAGAAGGUGUCUCCGUGAAAACCCAGCCCUGGGUUUCCCAAGUCUCCGCACACCCGGGGGUGGGGGCUCGGGCUGGUGCGGGGGGCCAGGCCGGGCCGCCCCUGUGCGGUGCCCGUGGGUAGUUCGCUGAUGUCCCCAUCAUGGAGCUCGGGGCCCGGGCCCUGCCCACACGGGAGUGUGGUGCGAGGCGUGUGCACCGCACGGAGGGUCUGCACGGGGCCACGCACCGCCCACAGGCCACACGUGCGGCUCCCGGCGUGUCCUGCUCAUUUUAAAUGGAGACUUUCCCUUGUUUUCCCAUAAAUUUGCUUCACGUGAGCAAGUGCAUAAGGCCCCUCCUUUGGUGAAUCGGGUUGGAAGGACUGACCUCGGGGUGCGGAGCUGCAUCUAUUUUAAGAUGUUUUGGAGCGAACAGCCUCAGGCGGUCCCCACCCUCAGCCUUAGCGGGGACGCGUAGCUGGCGCUCCAGAGGGGACAGAUACCGAGAGUAGAGAUAAGAGAAAUGUCUAAAGCAUCGGGAAAGGUAAAAAAAAAUCUAUUUUUGUACAAAUGUAAUUUUAUCCGUCAUGUAUACUUGGAUGAGACGGUGGGGGGUGCUCCUUCUGUCUCUGCUUCAGCCAGAGGAGCGUGUUCGCAAGGUGACCCGCUGGGACCGGAGGCGGAGCAGGGCCCGGGCUCCCCGACCCGGCACAGGCCUGGUGGCCCCGCUGCAAGCACGGGGAGCCCGCCUUCCGGCCGCGUCCCUGCCGCUGCCGCCUCCUGAAACGCGGGCCGUGAACGCUGUCCCGGUGCGACUGGUCCAGGGUGCUGGCCACAGGCCGGGCGGCGAGCAGCGGUCUGCGAGUCGUGGACAGGAAACGAGAAACCGCGAGAGGAGAAACGAAAUACGAGCGUUUAAAAAUACAGCAUCACCUUUCGGGGCU